AAAAUGUCACUGUCAUUUUUCUAACCCAACCAAAGUUGUCAAUAUUUAGUCGUGAAUAGUUUAUAAAAUGUUCUAUGAAUAGCGCCAAAAACGUCCUCAAAUUUUAUUUAUACAUAUCCCGGUCUAAAAUAUUUAUUUACCGUCGUUCAUAUAAUAUAAAUCCAUUCGCCUUCAGAUCCUAACCUAACAUUCGUUUAUUAUGUUAUACAACUAGUGAACUUCAUAGUCAACAAAUGAUUCACAAGUGGUGGCACCGGUUCGUCCGGAAAAGGACUAAACCCAUUGCAGAAGAUACAGCUAUCCUUUGGAAACGGCGCCUCAGUAUAGCCUAUGGUUUGAUAGCUUGGAAUGCAUUUGGUUUAGUCAUGUAUAGUGUGUAUAAGGGGAAGGCAGAUUGGGCUUAUUACCAUGGUCUCAAGUCCGAGGAAGAACACAAUAAAUCUCCAGGUCUGGCAUGGGCUAAUACAUUAGGUAUAAAGAAUGCAAAGGUGUACAAAAUAAGUGGUCUUAAAAAAGUAGAUGAGUAUGAUAUUGUUGAAGGAGAAAGUGUUAGACAAGACAAGGUGAGAGACAAACAACUAGAUGAACUAGAUCAUGAAAGUCUUGAUGAGAAUGUGGAGCAACCUGCUGUAAAUAUUGAUUGAACAUUUUAUUAAAUACUUGUAGAUAAAUAAAAAACAUACAAAAAGAA